AUGUGCCAGAGGGAGCCACAACCACCUGACCUGUGCCAGAAAGGCACAGACCUCUUGGAAGUGGUCGUAGUAGCUACGAUCACAUACUGGGAGGCUAUCUGGCCUAGUAGUAUUGAAGUCCAUGAUAGCUAAGGGUUAUGUUUGUACAAUAGUAACGUGCCAUGAUAUGAAAUACACUGUAAGAUAAACCUCUAGAAAAUAGUUACACAAUACAUGUAUGGCUGUACCAUUGCACUUUACCAGGCAGAACCAGAAGCCAGCACACCGAUGAGCAGCUUAGCAUUAGCCAGUACCACUGCACUGUGCUCUGUCCCUGUUUGCAUCAGAUAAGGUUCAUAGACACACGGCCAUUUCCCUUUUCUACUGGUAGUUUAUGGUCUCCCACGGUCCAUAACAAUGUAAUUUUGUUUGGUCACUACUCACUCUCCCUGGCUUAAAGGGCUAGCUCAGCACACAAUCAUAAAUUGAUUGUUUUCAUAUCUUAGAAGUUGUCAAGCCGAGCUCAUUAUUGAACACAUUGCCUGCUCCCUCCCUUUGUAGUGCACUACUUUUGACCAGGACCCAUAGGGAAUUUGACCAGGGCCUACUAUAUAGGGCCCUCAAACUAAACUCUGGACCCCGAAGCCAGUUCCACUGUGUUUUUUCAUUAUUGCCCUCUAAUCAGGGACUUAUUUAGACCUAGGACACCAGGUGGGUGCAAUUAAUGAUCAGGUAGAAAAGAAACCAGCAGGCUCCGGACCUCGUAGGGUAAGGGUUGAAUACCCCUGAUAUAUACAGUGCCAUUUUAAUUAUGACACAUCACCCGCUGUUGUGUAGAUUUCACUGUAGGCCUUACCAAAUCUGCAGCCUCGAUCUCUACUAAUUGGGAAACAUUGGCAGCAUCUUUAUGGGAUUGAAACCUACAUAUCUCUCCUAAUGCAUAGAGUAAAGAUCCACACAAUUUACUGUAUUGUUGUCUUGUAGUCAGUUUGACUUUGGACCAUAUAUGAAAAAAUCUAUCAAACUUUGAAUAUGUGGUGAGCUAUUAGCCUUUUAAAGAAGUUGUCUGUUCUCUAAAAUUAGACUGGGUUUUUCAGACUGGGGGAAAAACAAGAGGUUGCUAUUUGAAAGAGUUUACACAGAUGCUGUUGGUUGGAUAAGGAACAUGCAUUCUGAAAUGAUUUAAACUCUGCUGCCUGGGACACAAACAAUAACAAAGUAAGGAAUCCUCAGCUUAUUUGCUGUACUUUUGAUCAACAUGUUGCUGUCUGUCUUGGUCUAUAUACCAACUACUUUAAAGGUAGGAAAAACAUGAGUUAUUAAAUUAACAACACUAAACAGGACAUGUUAAUGAUUUAAGACAUGUCAGUACAUGAAUAUGUUAAUGGUGGCGCCUAGGACUGUAACAAUGGGGGAAAUGAUAUUCAAAGUAGUGUCGACCUGAGGCAUACAUGUCAGUUAUGACUCAUGCCAUCUUCCUUUCCACUAAUUACACAGACCUACAGCUUGCUAACCAUAAUGCCAGAGAAUCCCUGAAGUCUAUAAAAUGUUCAUUGAUUGAUUAGUUGAUAUUGAUUAGUUGACUGAUUGACUGAUUCUUUGAUUGAUGAUGACACUGUUUCAGUAAUGGGAUACAGUAAAACAGAAAAUAGGUUUGUUUUCUAAAGAGAGACUUUAGCAAAGACCAUGUGGGCUGGCUUUGUUCAUUACCAAUGUUGACGCACAGGAUAUCUAAACAUUAACCAGAUGAAUCAACUCAAACUGUGCUUCUCUUGCCUUCUCCCCCCUCUCCUCUCUCCCAUAUCCAUUCUUCCCGUCUCAUUCUCCCCUUUCCCUCCCCCCUCUCUAUUUCUGGGAUCAUUUACAUCAGUCCUUCCUCUCCUUGCUGACCAGCCCUGCUCGGAAACACAGCCAAGUUCACUUCCUGGUUUUAGUCACCUGUUUCAUCACGGGGACAGUGUGCCACAUAUUACAGCCUCUAUUAUCCUCCUCUCCCAGACACACACAUUGUUGUGGCUUCACUAGAUCAUUUGUAAAAUGUGUAAUUUGUGUAAUCAUUUGUGUAAAUAGUUUAUUUCACCUACCAAGGCUAGUGUAAAAUAAAUACAUAUUUUAGAUUCUUGGACAUUGAAAUUCUCAAUAUUCCCCUGUGGUAGUUUGUGAUAGUUUAAGUCUUCUUCAAAGUUGUUUUCUUUUGAUUUAUUGUGACCUGAGGUCUUGGCUUUGGAUGAAAGCUCUUUUGUCUAUCCUAGUGCCCUUCUGACACAGCCUGUGUAAUAGCUCUGAUAGCGAAUCUGAUGGGAGAGGGUUAACUACAUGUAAAUGUCUGGGAUGGGCCAGACAUACAGUAUAAGGACACCCUUUAUUGUAUGAUGUCACACAACUGGUUUGAAAAUGAUAGUGUUGAGAUUGUAUCGUGUUUGUGUUCGUGUGUGUGUUCAUGUGUGUGUUAUAGAUUUCAGUCAUUCCAUUUUAUUUUUCAGAGUUUCUUUGGAAAAUUAAAGAACCUGUAAGUAGCCUACAAUGUAGAUAAACGUUUUGUUCUUCAUUCUUAUCUGCCUGACCAGAACUAUAAGGCACUGACAUGACACAGCACGUAAGUAACAUUUCUCUUUCCUCUUUUUCAUUACAGACACAGUGGGCCUCCAGCUCCACCCAAAAGAAUAGGUGAGCCUUCAGGAAAUCCCCCUUAUUAUGCUAGUGGUUUUAGGGUUCCUCUUUAUGGAAGUUUUAAUGUGAAGUGCUUCUUCUGCCCUCUCCCUCUCUCCCUCAUCGCUGUACCUCUUCUCCCCCAUUUCUCUUUCUCUAUCCCCCUUUUCUACUUUCUCUUUAUCUCUAUUUCUUUGUUUCAGAGAACAAUGCGGGAUAUGGUGGCUGGCCAGAAGAUGAGUUUGUAAGUAGAAAAACACACACAUAUGGACCCAGACUGACACACCAAUGGGUAUUUUGUUGGGAGAGGUCCUGUGUAGUCAUCUUGGUUUGUGUGUGUGUGACAGGACGAGGAGGAUGGGGACACAUAUGAGGCUCCCCCCUGUGAGCGACCCGCCAUGAAGGUUCCUCCCAGACAUGUGGAGGAGAAUGUCUAUUUGGGUAACACCACCAAUGUAGACUAUCAUUCUCAUUUGAGAUUCGCUAAAAUCUGACUUUCAUGGAAAGUAUGCAUUGAUGCCAAUGGGAGUUUGGUGCAAGGAUCUCAAGUUAUGAUUUGGCCCUGUAUGUAUUGUGGUGUGCUUUUAUGUGAACUUUUUCAGAGGGACUAUAUCUCUUUGUUUUGUAGGACAGGAGGUAUCUCUCUGAUUGGCUGUUUUUGGGUUCCACAGAUAGGACAUCAGAGAGGUCCAAUCGUGUUCUUCCCAAAAGGCAGGCAGCUCCGCCCCCAAGGCCAGUCAAGAUGGCGCCCAUGGGCAAAGCAUCGGUAAACUAUCAGAGUAUCCAUGCCCAUACCUACCUCUCACUAGCCUGUCUGCCUGUCUCUGUGUGUGUGCAUUCCUUUAGUGUUAUUUAAUGUUGUCUUUCCCCUCUAUAGAAACAGCAGCCUCACCAUCAGCCUGACCCUGAUGAGUUCUACAUCGACCCCAACACCAAGAAACGUGAGACUCCUCUCUCUAUCCUCCCAUCUCUAUCCUCUUCUCUCUACCCACUGGGCACAGACAUCAAUUCAAUGUCUAGUCCACGUUAUUUCAAUGUAAUUUCGUUAAAAUGACACGGAAAUAACGUUGAUUCAAUCACUGUGUGCCCAGUGGGUAUCCUCCCCUCUCUAGCCUCUACUCUCUAUCAUCUUCUCUCUAUCCUCUUCUCUCUAUCCUCCCCUCUCUAUCCUCUUCUCUCUAUCCUCUUCUCUCUAUCCUCCCCUCUCUAUCCUCUUCUCUCUAUCCUCCCCUCUCUAUCCUCUUCUCUCUAUCCUCCCCUCUCUAUCCUCUUCUCUCUAUCCUCCCCUCUCUAUCCUCUUCUCUCUAUCCUCCUCUCUACCCUCUUAGUCCAGGACAUGCAGGUUUCAAGUUUUAUUAGUCGUAUGUGUGGGAUACACAUGGUAUACACCAGGGGUGUCAAACUCAUUUUAGCUCAGGGGCCACAUGGAGGAAAAUCUAUUCCCAAGUGGGCCGGACCGGAAAAAUCAUGGUAUAUAUAACUUAAAAACAACAACUUCAGAUUGUUUUCUUUGUUUUAAUACGAUCAACAUACAACAUAAAGCUGGAGCCUGAGGACAGUGUGUCCAAAAUAGUACAAGCACAACAUCACUAUUAAUCAUGAAACAUGUCAAGUUUAUUUGAAAAUUCUAAAGAAAAAGAACACACAAACACACAAUGCCUCAGUGAUUAACAGAAGUAUAUCACAGAAGUAUAUCACAGAUCACAGAACUAUAUCAGGGUGUCAUUUCUCAGGCAGAAAUGUAGAUAAAAAUAAUGAAAUCCUGUUCCCCAAACAAGUGCAAGAACCACAGAGUCAAGAAUAGGUUAAAUAUACAAAUAAAAUAAAAUCAAUUAAAAACAAUAGCACAUCAACAUAAAAACAUAUAAACAUAAAGCUGGAGCUUGAGGACAGUGUCCAAAAGCACAACAUCACUAUUAAUCAUAAAACACCUCAAGUUAUUUGAAAGUUCUGAGGACAAAGAACACACAAACACACAAUGCCUCAGUGAUUCACAGAAGUAUAUCACAGAAGUAUAUCACAGAUCACAGAACUAUAUCAGGGUGUCAUUUCUCAGGCAGAAAUGUAGAUAAAAAUAAUGAAAUCCUGUUCCCCAAACAAGUGCAAGAACCACAGAGUCAAGAAUAGGUUAAAUAUACAAAUAAAAAUCAAUUAAAAACAAUAGCACAUCAACAUAAAAACAUAUAAACAUAAAUCUGAAAGCGUUGCUCAAACUCCCGUAACAGUCCCGUUAUUUUAUCUUUGAACCGCUUCAUGUCUGCCACAUGUUGGGUCACGCACACAUUUUUCAGACAGGGGAAGUGAGCUGCAUCACCACCGGCAAGUUGCGUCUCCCACAAUGACAGCUUCAACUUGAAAGAACGUAUGCUGUCAUAAUACUGCGUGACAACUUUGUUGCGCCCUUGCAGCUGUUUGUUCAAGUUAUUCAGGUGCUCUGUAACAUCCACCAUAAAUGCAAGGUCCUGCAUCCAUUCUGCGGAAUGAAAUUCUAACACUGGUUUGCCCUUUUCUUCCAUGAACUGUUCAAUUUCUUCUCGUAAAUCAAAGAAACGCCUCAGCACAGCACCUCGGCUUAACCAUCUUACCUCAGUGUGGUAUGGCAGGCCAUAGAUGUGGUCUUUCUCUCUGAGAAGGCUGUCAAACUGACGGUGAUUCAGGCUUCUGGAUCGGAUGAAAUUAACAGUUUGGAUGACCACCUUCAUGACGUUAUCCAUCUUUAAUGACUUGCAACACAAAGCCUCCUGGUGCAAAAUACAGUGAAAAGUCAAAAAAUCACGUCCUCCAUUUGCAGAUUGCACUUUCUCUCUGAACUUUGUCACAACGCCUGCUUUUUUCCCGAUCAUUGAGGGCGCACCAUCUGUAGCCAGGCUGACAGCGCGGGACCAGUCCACUCCGACCCUGUCCAGCGCGCGACGAGUGCGGUAAAAAUAUCAGCUGCUGUCGUUGUAUCUGUCAUCGGCACCAACUCCACGAACUCCUCGGUGACGGUCAAUGUGUCAUCAACUCCGCGGAUGAAAAUGGCCAGUUGUGCAACAUCUGUAAUGUCCGUGCUUUCAUCAAUUGCAACCGAAAACGCAAUAAAUGACUUUACUUUUUGCUUCAACUGGCUGUCCAAAUCCACUGAAAGAUCGGAAAUCCUGUCUGCAACUGUGUUUCUUGUCAGGCUGAUAUUUGCAAAAGCCUGCCGCUUUUCAGGGCACACAAUCUCCGCUGCCUUCAUCAUGCAUGUUUUUACAAAUUCACCCUCACUAAAUGGUUUUGAAGCCACUGCGAUUUCAUUAGCAAUGAGGUAGCUAGCUUUCACUGCAGCGUCACUGAUGUCUCGGCUGUGAGUAAACACAGACUGCUGUUUCUUCAGACCCGCCAACAGUUCAUUCACCUUCUCUCAUCUCCGCUGUCCUUGAAAGUUGUCAUAUUUGUCGGCAUGAAGACUCACAUAGUGGCGACGAAGGUUAUAUUCUUUCAGCACUGCAACAUGCUCUGAACACACCAAACAUACAGCUUUCCCAUUCAAUUCCGUGAAUAAAUAGGAUGACCAUUUUUCUUGGAACACUCUGCACUCUGCGUCCACUUUUCUCUUUUUUGAGAGAGACAUAUUGGGGCAAUGAGGGUGCCAAAGCACAUAAUGUUAAAAGUAGAAGCCGUAAUAAAUAUCGCGGGCAAAACAAAGUAGCUCAUUGGCUGCACGUGCUUGACCUACUUGCUCUGCCCCGGUAUAAACAGUUUGCUUGCUUAACAAAAUUGCUAUUGCACCAUCCAGUGGACGCAAUUGGAACAGCAGUUUAUUUUAUUGAAAAAUUGCAGCGCAUUUUUAUACUUUACAAAAUUAUUAUUAUUAUUUAAUUUUUUUCAAAAUCAUCUCGCGGGCCGGAUUAAACCCGUUUGCGGGCCUGAUCCGGCCCGCGGGCCGGACGUUUGACACCCCUGGUAUACACCGUCCAAAGAAAUGCUUACUUGCAGGUUCCUUCUGGACAAUGCAACAAUAAUAAGAAAUAAUAAAAGAUAAGAAUACGAACAUAUUGUAAAUGGCUCAGUAGAAUAUAAUAAACAUUUUAGCAUAAGUAUAAUACAGGUGUUUUGGGGAAGGGGGAUUCAGCUGCAAGUGUUUAAAUUGUGCAGUAUUUAGCUAUCAUAAUAAGAGUCUGGUAGCAGCAGUUGUGAUGUGUGUGUGUGUGGAUGUCUGUAUGGGUGUGUGAGUGAGUGCUAUGUGUGCUAAGGUGCGGAGAAUCAGAGCAGGUGGUCAAUCCAGUUGAAGUGUUCAGCCGUCUGAUGGUUUGUAGAUAUAAACUGUCUCUGAGCCUGUUGGUAUCCAACCACAUGGUCCAAUAACGUCUGCCAGACGGUAAGGGAGUGAACAGCUUGUGGUUGGGGUGUGUGGGGUCCUUGAUGAUGCUGUGGGCCUUCCUCAGGCACCAUUUCGAGUAAAUGUCCUGGAUGGGUGGGAGUUUAUCCUAUAUGAUGAUUGUGUAUUUUAAAUAUGGAUAUGAAUUGUGCCCUAUACAUAGAUGUGAAUGUUGAUUGAUGAAAAGCUGUAACAGGUAAUAUCAUUCUUGAGGCAUUUAUUGUACAGGAAAAUUCACUUAAACAAACCAGUAAGUUAAGUUUGAGAUGGUCAAGCUUCCCUCUCUUCUCUCUAGCUCCUGAGGUAGACAGGAAGGAGAAGCCAGGGAAAAGGUCUACUCCUAAGAAGUCUGCCCCUCCUCCUUCCCGCCCUGCCCCUGCUCAAGCCCCUCCGCCUGCAGAGGAAGGUAAACGCUACAGUCAUAGGUCUAGCUCGACUAACCGGUGCCCCCUCACAUUGACCCGGUACCGGUACCCCCUGUAUAUAGCCUCACUAUAUUGUUAUUUUUACUGCUGCUCUUUAAUUAUUUGUUACUUUUAUUUCGUAUUAUUUUAUAUUGUAUUUUUAGUGCGAUUGUUUUUUUUUGGGGUGGUAUUCUUUCUUAAAACUGCAUUGUUGGUUAAGGGCUUGUAAGUAAGCAUUUCACUGUAAGGUCUACACCUGUUGUAUUCAGCCCAUGUGACAAAUAAAAUGUGAUUUGAUUUUGAUUUGCCCGAUAGAUGCGCAGGCGGUGCAUUGCAUUAACCAAUGGUUGCAUGCCACGUCAUCGACUGUGCAUAGCUGAUAUGUUAAAUACCUAUCCAGGUGUUGUAAGAUCUGGCAUGCGUCUGCAAUGUAGUAGGGCAGGAACUCGACCAUAAUCAUACCCUGGAACCCUAAUCUGACAUUGGUGUGCUAUUACAUCAAGUCACCACUAGAGGGAUGUUUUGAAACUGCAACAGCAUCAGCCUCUGUUUUCUCUGUUGUGCUCUGCAGAUGUCUACCUGGAUCCUAAUGAAGGACAGGUGAGUCCAACAGAUUGUUAACAGACAGAGCCUCACCCCUACCUCCAUCCCCCAAACCGUAGCCUUUGCAUCCGCUGUACCCUUUUAACACAUUCUUGAUGGACAAUUAGUAUAUUCAUAGUUCCAUAGGACCCUGAGUUGUCUGGUUUCUGGACAAUUUCUACUUUGGCCAGAGAGAGGUGAUUAAUAUGCGUGUUGUGUCUCUGUUUCAGGGAGACAGUGAUGACCUGUAUCUAGAGCCCACAGCAGGUCAGUUACUCCUGUAGAACCUCUAAUACAGCCUCAGGAUCAAUGCAUUUAUACUGAGGUUUUGACUAUUAUCUGGAUUGAUUGAUUGAUUGCAACUCCAGAGAGAAUAUAUUUUAUAUGAGAUAAAGAGACAGUACAUGAAUUCCAAAUUAUUAAAGAAAAAACAAGUCAAUGGCUUAUUUUGAGAUUUAAAAAAAUCCUUGGCACUGUCAAAAAUAAAUACUCCUGUCUCUCUAGCUUGCCCCCCUGCUCCUCGCGGGCCCAUAAGGAUGCCCCUCCCACCCAAGACAGCAGUUGCCCCUCCCCCCAUGCCCAUGUGAGUACACCUGUCAAGACAUGAGAUAAAAAAAAAUGCUCAAAUUCAUCUUGGUGUAAUUUAGGUGUACAUCACCACUUCCAUUUUGUUCAUCGUUAUGCAAAUGCACCAACUGAAAUUAAAUUCACCUCCUGAUUGACUGGGUUAAACUGACCUUGACACCAUCCCUGAUACCAGUGCCAUUGUAUGUCAUGAGAGAAGCCAUAUUAUUGUUUUUGAGUUUUGUUGUUUGACAUGCGAUAUCAGCUCAGUCCCACCCUGUCUGUCUGUCUGUCUGUCUUUCUCUGUAGAAAACCUCCAGUGCCCAGAGCCAAGUCGGUCAGUUUCUCCAUGGUUCACACAUUAUUUAACACACCACGGGCACAUGAUUUAACACAUCACACCACUGGCCGGUUUAAAACACAGAAUUGGCCCGUUUCACAGAUUCUCCACUGAACAUGUUUUUUAGUGCAGGAGUAUAGGCCUAAUCUGUGUCCACAUUCGAAUGAGUUUCACUCUUUGCUCCAUUCCAGAGUUCUCUAUUGGUCAGUGAGGCAAAGACAGGUAAGUGACACUACAUUCUGUCUGACUAAAAAUAGAUGGGUCAUGAUGAUAAUGUCUGCAUCCCAAAUGGCCUAUUCCCUACAUGCACUACUUUUGACCAGAGCCCUACAUAGGGAACUGGUUGGGUUCCAUUUGGAACGCAACCAUGGAGUGAAAAUGCAGAACCUGUUCCGUUUCUGUGACCCCCCCCUCCCCCAGCUCUUCCGCCUGAUGUGAAACGCUCCACGUUCCCUGGCAAGCUGCCCCCACCCACCCCAGGCAUCAAACCCCCCCUCCCCGCGUCCCUAAAGGAACCCAAACCCAGGUGAGGCUUGGAAACACAGCCACUCUCACAGCACCAUGCAUGAACACACUGGAUGAGACCACGCUACACGCUGCAAGAACAUACAUGUUUUAUACGUGUUAAACAUGUUAAGCAGGUUCAUGCUUUAUGAACUUUCAGUCUUGUACAAGCAGCAACAAUCAAACACACAUAGAUACCACUUAGUAUUGUCUGAUAAGGAUUUCCAUUCUGUUUAUUUAUUUACAUUUACAUUUUAGUCAUUUAGCAGACGCUCUUAUCCAGAGUGACUUACAGUUAGUGAAUACAUUUUUUUUUUUUUUAUACUGGCCCCCCGUGGGAAUUGAACCCACAACCCUGGUGUUGCAAACGCCAUGCUCUAUCAACUGAGCUACAUCCCUGCCGGCCAUUCCCUCCCCUACCCUGGACGACGCUGGGCCAAUUGUGCGCCGCCCAUGAGUCUCCCGGUCGCGGCCGGCUGCGACAGAGCCUGGAUUCGAACCAGGAUCUCUAGUGGCACAGUUAGCACUGCGAUGCAGUGCCUUAGACCACUGCGCCACUCAGGAGUUUCAUUUAUCCAUGCAGUGUGUACUUUGUGGUCUAUAAAGAUGAUCUUAUCUUUGAAGUGUGUGUAUCUAUGAUAACAUAGCUAAGUCUUUGAAUUAUGAAGGCCUACUGUUCUUGUAUAUUCUAUAUUGUUGUAGCCACUGGCCUAUAUUGCUAAUCUAUUGUAGUAAGCAUGUUGGCUAACGUUGGACCUGGUGUCUGUGUUGCAGCCCCCCUCCCCCUCCCACUGUAGACACUACCGCAGCAGGUAAGAGCAUGCUGGGAACAGGACCAGUAUUGGGUCACAGCUGAAGGAUAGAAAGCCAUAGAAAUUGAAAUAAAGGAAGGAUGUGUGGAACUCUGAAAAGCUCCAACUGUGGUUUGCUUAUCAGAGUUAAGGACAUCCUUCAUUUCUUUAAAUUGUUGUUGGUUUUCUGUCCAGCAUAAUAUGAACAUGUUGGAGGUGCAUAUUGUUCAUUUUUCAUUACCUAUGUAAAUUGGAAGCCAUUUUGAUUAUAACGUGAAUUAUAACAUAAUUAUAACUUGUUUAACCCCGUCAUAUAGGGUCACUGUGGCUUCUGUCAGUAUUGCUGUCUAGCAUACUUGUGGCCUUGAUUAUAGCUACAUGCUUUAUUAGACUGUAGAGCAGAUCAUACACCGUGCUGUAGAGCACUCUACACGUUGGUCAACAACUCAUUAUUUCUGAUUGAAAUAAUCAAAGCUUGAUGAUGAGUUUAUUAUUUGAAUCAACUGUGUAGUGCUAGGGCAAAAACCAAAUCAUACACCGUGCUGUAGAGCACUCUACACGUUGGUCAACAACUCAUUAUUUCUCUCUAUGCCAAAGUUUCUCCCUCUGGUAUGAAGACAACCAUGCAGGCAGGAAAGGAGGUAUGUGUCUUUCACUCUCAUACUGUACCGCUCAUAUAACCAUGCAUAAUACAGUGUUAAAGUGCUACAAAUGUUGCUGCAAUCCUUUGUUAAAUAGUGAUAUACCUGAAGUAUGGGGUUUCAGGUAUCCUUGGAUAUAAGUGAGUUGUGGGUUCGUUUCCCACGGGGGGCCAGUAUGAAAAUGUAUGCACUCACUAACUGUAAGUCGCUCUGGAUAAGAGCGUCUGCUAAAUGACUCAAAUGUAAAUGUAAGUGUGGUGGCAGGCAGGGCAGGGUGUCAUAGAGAACUGUGGUAUGUUACAGGAGAAAGAGUGGUUCGCUGGAAACUGCAAUAGAAAGACUGCUGAGGACCUCUUACUGCAGAUCAACAAGGUGGGAUACACACACACAAAUGCACGCAAAUACACACACACACACACACACACACAGUUCUUGAAGUACCAUAUAAUAAAAAUCUGAAAAUUACUUAGAGGUAUAGAAUCCCCAGCUCUGAAGGACCUGGCCAAUAUGAUUCCUGAAUCAAUAUGAUUAGUUAUAGUUAGUUAGGCAGCAUUCCUCAACAGUGAAUCAAUACUGCAUUGAUCUAUUAGCCUGUCAAAUACACCCACCUGUUCCUCUGUUGUUCUCUCCCCUCCUCUCUUUAUGUAUGUAGCUGAGUAGCUGCUGAUGUGUUAUAAUGCUGCUGAUUAUAUGAGUGUAUCUGUCACUGGCCCUUUGUUUUCACUAACACAGCUGACCUGUUUCAUUUCACGCUGAAAUGGACAAGCAUUAAUGUGAGAGUAAUCUGUCGUAACUCCCCUUUAUUUGACUGCAGACAGAUACACAGAUUUGCAGGGAGGUUAUAUCAGACUCAGGAUUGCAGCGAAGGCACAGGGCAGUGCAGAGGGUAAUAGGGUAUUCUCUCAGUAUUCUGUUGUGUGUGUGUGUGUGUGUGUAGCCUCGGGGUACAGCUGAGACAUACACACACCAUCACUGAGUGAGUCAUCUGUGCUCAUUCAAAGGCCCUGUGGGUUUUGAUACUGAUAUUCUCUCUCUCUCUCUCUCGUAGGAUGGGGCAUUCCUGAUACGUUGCAGUUCGGCCCAGAACGCGCGUCAGCCCUACACGCUGGCUGUCCUAUACAGACAGAAGGUCUAUAACAUCCCCAUCCGCUUUCUGGAGGAGACGCGCGGCUACGCCCUCGGAAAGGAGGGCAAGAAGAACGAGGAGGUGAAGAGGGGGAGAGUGCUAAACAAGGGGAAAAAUAAUGAAUCAGUGAAAGAGAAUAGGAGGAUGAGGACGAGAGUGGUGAGAUAGGGGGAUACAGAGAGAGAGAGAGGGGGGAAAUGAAAAUGUGAGAGGGUAGGGAGGAGGAGAAGUGAGGGAUAAGGAGAGGGGAAAAGACAGAGGCCGCAGGAGGAAAGGAGGAUUUGCAAAAAGAAUGUGUAAAGGGAGAAUGUGGGCAAAAAGAAUGAAGAGGUCAGGUGAGGGAGGAGGGGAUAGAGGGAGGAUGUGGGAGGAACGGAGGAUGUGUGGAAAAGAGACGAAGGAAUGCAACUUAGUAUUGUACUGUAACCUCUGUAAUAACUAUACUGUAGUAACUCUCUCCCUUUCUCUGUCCCUCACUACUCCCUCCCACCUCCCUCCCUCCACCUCUCUCUUAGUUUUUCUGUAGUCUCCAGGAGAUCAUCUCUCAUCACAAGAAUAACCAACUGCUGCUGAUCGAUAGCAAGAGUCAGGCCAAGCACACCACAUAUCUCACCCAUCCAGCCCGUCCAUAA